AUGGGCAAAAGCAAGCCGCAGCGCUUCCGCCGGCCGCCCUCCUCGCCCGCGGGGGAGCCCAGGCCGGCGGGCGGCCAGGCCGGAGCAGGGGAAGCGGCCGCGGCCGCCGAGCUGCUGCAGAAGCUGCAGCACCCGAGUGCCGAUGUGAGAGAAUUUGCUUGUGCCAGCAUUUCCAAACUCCUGCAGCAGAAGCAGACAAUCCCGGCCUUUGUCCAAAGGGAUGUUGUCCGAUGUUUGGGGCCCAUGCUGCUCGAUCAGAGCCUGGCGGUUCGAGAGACGGCUACGGGGGCACUUCGCAAUCUCAGUGCCUGCGGAGGAUUUGACGUCUGUGACGACAUGGUUACGAAAGACGUCAUGACGCCCCUCGUGGCUCUGCUGAAGCAGUGCCAGUCGGGGCUGGAAGAGAGCAACGGCUCCGUGAAAGAGCCCAAAGACACAGUCAAGAACUAUACUGAAGACAUAGCCAACGAGGCCGUGAACCUGUUGUGGAAUGUGUGCGAAUGCAACAGUACAGCUGUCUCCAUAUUCAACAGAGAAGGAUGCCUGAACAUCGUGCUCCAGUAUUUGAAGAGGUUUCAGACAAAUGUGGACCUGGCUAUUGCAGUGGCCUCUUGCUUGCAGGCCGUCACUGAAGAUAACCCGGAUCUGCUUUCGUCCUUCGAUGCUUCCGUGCACCAGUUGCUGGAAAUGGCUAUGGCGUCGUCGGACAAAACUAUGGAGCACGUUCUUCUGCGGACGCUGGUGGCAGGGGUACUUUGGAAUAUAAAGAGCACAAUACCCUCUGGGAGCCAAGCAGGCACGGUAAAUGCUAUCCUGAAGACCCUCUCGGAAUGCUUAGUGGUGGACGCCGGUGAAGUGGUGAUCCGGAUGAAGGAGGAGGAAACGGAACGAUUGAAAACGUCGGCGGAGCUGGGAAUGGAGGGAAGUGUGGGCGACGGGGGCAGCGUGGUGGUGAACGAGGACGAACCGAUGGAAGAAACACCCCCGAAAAACACUAAAGGGAAAAAUGACAUUUCAGAUCUCCUUCCAUGCAGUAACCAGGAGCUGAAACAGGCAACGGCUUUACUCCUGGCUCAACAGACGGCUCUGGAAAUCAUCGUGAACAUGUGCUGUAAUGAGGAGCCCUCCGAUGAUGAGUGGGAAGAGCUCUCCAGUAGCGACGAAAGUGAUACCUUCUUGGAAAAUUCCUGCGAAGAAGGCGGGAAACUGAUGUCACCUCUUUGCCUUUCCGCUGAGGUUCACACAGCUCUCAUGAACCACCUGGUUCCAAAGAAGAUACUUGAAAGAACGGCUUUCCCCAACAGUGUCGCUGUUGACAUCUGUACACGCAGUCCAGCUUGGAAGCCGCUUAUUAAAAAGUUGAACAUGGUGCAAUAUCGGGCUCUGACCUGCCUCCACAGCAUCUUGUUGGUGUCGGACGUGGACUGCCUCGGGGGAGCUUCGGUCCUCCAGUCGCUGGCGCAGCACCUGUCCCAGUUGAUUUUCUCACAGCCAGAGUUUUCUAAACAAACGGAAUUCCUGGAAGCUGUCACCAGUGCGUUGCGGGCUCUUUUGCAAAUGAUGGUGUCUCAUAACAUACCUCAGUGCACCACUCCAGAACAACUGAUGACUUUGUGCGAAGCUGGUAUUCAAAGCGACAACAUUGGCGUUCGGGUCAACGUCGUCAGCAUUCUGGGAAUCGCUGGCAGUGUGCUGUCCAAAUUGGAAGACACUGUGGAAACACUAAAGAUGAUCGGGAAAUUCCUCCUUGAGGUUGCGACGAAAGACCCUUCCCUGGUGGUAGCGGGCGAAGGCCUGGAUGCCCUUUUUGACGUCUUCGCUGAUGGAAAAGAAGCCGAGAAGGCGGCAGAGCAAAUCGAACUGCGUCCUGCACUUAAGGCGUUCCAGCCAGUUUUCAAAUUGCGAAUGCGAAAAGAAGGAAAAGGGCAUUACAGCACAGAUCAGUUGUGUGUGCUGGACAACGUGAAGCUGAAUUUAAGAAGAUUUAUUGCCUAUCUAGAGACGCUGGAGAGGAACAAAUAACUUAGAAUUCUAUUUAGAGAAACCCUGUAAAGCUCUAUUUUUAUUAUUGUUUGUUAAAUAUUGUAGUCUUA